AUGGUCCAACGCGAACUCAUCCCCUCGACCUGGGCGGCGUCGCCCUCACACCAGGCUGACUCCCCCUCGGUCAACCUGACUUGCAAUGACAAGUCCUUCCCCUUCAACUUCACAUUCGAGGCCGUCCGGCCCAACGUCUUCCGGACGACCUACACCUCAUCUACCCACCCGCUCCCUCCACACCCCUCGGUUCCCCGAGCCAAGGUUGAGCUCCCAUCCGGCGCCGUCGAGGUCACGGCGCCCAAGGAGACGACCAAGACGAUCCGGGCCGGAGACGGCACAGUUACCGUCGACUGGAGCGGAGCGACACCGCUGCUCAAGGUCCGGCUGGCCGGACAGGCCGACGACGCCACCCCCCUGCUCGAAGACGUUCCCGGCAGGGGCUACGCGAUCGAUGGCGACGGCGUGGCCCACUACACGCGCUACAACCGCAAGACGCUGCACGUCGGGCUCGGCGAGAAGGCGGCGCCCAUGGACCUGUCGGGCCGGCGGUUCCAGCUGACGGCCACCGACAGCUUCGGCUACGACGCCCAUCGCACCGACCCCAUGUAUAAGCACAUCCCGCUGCUCAUCAACGCCACGCCUGAGGGAGUCGUGGCCACCUUCUCCACCACCCACUCGCGCGGCGAGUACAGCGUCGGCUGCGAGAUGGACGGCAUGUGGGGCUUCUACAAGGUCUACCGCCAGGACUACGGCGGACUCGAGGAGUACACCAUCGUCGGCAAGACGCUCCAGGACGUCGUCACAACCUACGCCGAGGUCCUGGCCGGCAAGCCGCUGCUGGUGCCGCGCUGGGCCUUUGGCUACCUCUCGGGAGGCUACAAGUACACCAUGCUCGACGACCCGCCCGCCGGCGAGGCCCUCCUCGACCUCGUCCGUAAGAUGAAGGAGCACGACAUCCCUUGCUCCGCCUACCAGAUGUCCUCGGGCUACUACGUGUCCCACACCCCGCCCAAGGUCCGCAACGUCUUCCACUGGAACAGGUUCCGCUUCCCAGACCCCGAGGCCUGGAUCAAGGAGUACCACAGCCACGGCAUGCGCCUGAUCGCCAACGUCAAGCCAUACCUCAUCGCCAGCCAUCCCGAGUACGAGAAGCUCAGGGACGCCGGCGGCCUGUUCAAGGACCCCCAGACUGGCGCCUCUGCAGUGACCAAGCUCUGGAGUGCCGGCGGUGGUGAGCGUGACGACGGUGGACACAUUGACUUCACCUCCCAGGCCGGCUACGACUGGUGGUUCAACGGCAUCAAGAAGCUGGCAGAGGAGGGCAUCGACUGCAUGUGGAACGACAACAACGAGUACGUCAUCCCCGAUGACGCCUGGGAGUGCAAGCUGGACCAGCCCGACCUGAUGGCCGAAGACGUGCCCGCUGAGCUGCGGUCGCGGCCCCAGCUCGGCCUGUGGGGCCGUGCCCUCCACACCGAGCUCAACGGCAAGGCCUCGCACGACGCCAUGCUCGCCGUCAAGCCCGACGAGCGGCCCUUUGUGCUGACCCGCAGCGCAACGGCCGGUACCAUGCGGUACGCGUGCAGCUCGUGGAGCGGCGACAACACGACGAGCUGGGACGGCAUGCGUGGCGCCAACGCCAUCUCCCUCAACGCCAUGUUCUCACUCAUUCACUGCUUCGGCCACGACAUUGGUGGCUUCGAGGGCCCGCAGCCCGACCCUGAGCUGCUGCUCCGCUGGGUCCAGCUCGGCUGCAUGUCGCCCCGCUUCGCCAUCAACUGCUUCAAGACCUCGGCGGCUGACAACACGGUCGGCGACGUCAUCGAGCCCUGGAUGCACCCCAGUAUCACCCACCUCGUGCGCAAGGCCAUCAAGAGGCGCUACGCCAUGAUCCCCUACAUCUACUCGCUCGCCCUCGAGAGCCACCUGACCGCCAUCCCGCCGCAGCGCUGGACCGGAUGGGGCUACGAGCGCGACCCCGAGGUGUGGACCAACAAGACCCUGACCGACGGCGAGACCCAGUACCUUUUUGGCGACUCUAUGCUCAUCGGCGGCGUCUACAAGCCGGGUGUCAACAGCUCCAAGGUCUACCUUCCCAAGAACGAGGGCGACGACGACGACGACGAGGGCUGGCUGAACCUCAACGCGCCGUACCAGCACUUCGCCUCGGGCCAGUGGGUCAACGUCGACGCCGAGUGGCACGGCGCCGGCAUCCCCGUGCUCGGUAAGGUUGGUAAGGCCCUGCCCAUCGGCAGAGACGUGCAGGUGCUGUCGCCCGGCGAGAAGGAGAACGUGGCGAACCUACCGCUCGAUGAUUACCGUGCAGUCGAGAUCUUCCCGCCUCCGCCCGGCAUCGGCAAGGAAGGCCGCUGGUACGAGACGACGUGGUACGAAGAUGACGGCAUCUCGGUCGCGCACAAGAACAAGAUCGCCAAGUACACCUUCUCUUAUGCCGCCUCCAAGACCGAGGUCAAGGUCAAGUUUGUCCGCGAUGAGAGCGACGGCUUUGCCGCGCCCUGGAAGACCCUCAACAUUAUUCUGCCAUCUGGCGAUCUGAGAGAUGUCGUCGCCGAGGGCAGUGAAUCUGUUGAGAAGCUGGGUGUUGACGAUAUUGGCCGUCAAAAGUUCGAGCUGAAGUGA